AUGACCUGGAUGAAUGAGAAUAUCCACAGGCAUGUUGCAGAACAAUUUGGGGUUGACACCCUCAAAAUGGUGCGGGAAUAUGAAAGGAUGGCUCGAAAGAUUGCAGAUUACAGAAACCACCUACGGUUUAAUCUGAGAUGCAGACAAAACAGGCUAAUACCAACAAGCCUACACCUACGUUCCACUAUGAAAGGCUAUAGAGUGGACAAGAUCUUGGAAAAGGCACAAAACCAGCUAUUAAAUGAGAGAGUGAGACAGACCCAUUUCACCACUGAAGGGCUGAAGGAGAAAGCGGACCACUUACUCCAAAAACUAACAUCCCUCUUACCUGAGGCCGUCCUUGGAAAGAUCAUUGACUUCACAAAUAAAGCACAACUAUCUCAACACACCAUGAGCAAAGAAAGACAAAAAAGGAAAUUCCAUAACCUACAAAUACGAAGCAACACUAACAAGACAGAAAUCCUUACUUGGAGGCAAAAAACUGACAAUCCCACACAAGAUGAAACGCAUGACAGAUGGGUAAAGAACUUGUCAGACAGGGAACUUACCCACCCAGAGAGAGGGGUCUUAGCCAAAGGACUGAACUUUGCCGUGACACCACAGCAAUUACCUAUAGUUGAUCUGAUCACAGCUACAGAAUCAGCUAUAAGGAAAAACAACUUGACAGAAACCGAAGCCGAGCAGCUUAGGUUGAAAGUGUCAGCAGCUCUGUCCAGUGCUAAGCCCCCACCCUCCAAUCUCACUACUGAGGAAAGGAAAGCUGUGACAUCCCUGAGCAAGGAUCCAAACAUUACCAUCCUUCCAGCAGAUAAAGGGAGAUGUACGGUAGUUCUCAACACAUCUGACUACCACAACAAGGUCUCUACACUUCUCAGUGAUACUAACACCUAUGAAUCGCUGAAACGAGACCCAACCAGUGGAUACAAGAAAAAGACAAUAGAAUGCCUACAAAAACUACAGAAAGAGGGCACCAUUGAUCGCCUACAAUAUCACCGUCUGUACCCCCAAGAUGCCAUCCCGUGCAUAUAUGGGCUCCCCAAGAUUCACAAAGAAGGGGCCCCCCUCAGACCCAUUGUCAGCAGCAUUAACUCGGUCACGUAUAACAUUGCCAAACAUUUAGCCAACAUCCUGGCUCCCUUGGUGGGCAAUACGCCCCACCAUAUCCAGAACUCCAUAGACUUUGUGAACAAAGUAAGAGGUUUAAAAAUGGAUCCAGAUGAUACCAUGGUAUCCUAUGAUGUGACUUCCCUGUUCACUUGCAUUCCAACCAUGGAGGCUUUGGAAACAGUCAGGCAACGGUUGAUACAUGACAACACCCUCCACGACAGAACCAAGCUCAGCCCAGACCAGAUAUGCCAACUACUGGAGCUCUGCCUGAGCACUACCUAUUUCAAAUACAAUGGCAAUUUUUACAGACAGAAACAUGGCUGUGCCAUGGGCUCACCGGUAUCUCCCAUUGUGGCUAACCUGUACAUGGAGGAUGUAGAAUACAGAGCAUUGAACUCCUUUGAGGGAACAGCACCGAGCCACUGGUUCAGAUAUGUGGAUGACACAUGGGUUAAAAUCAAAACUCAAGAGGUACAAGCUUUCACUGAACACAUCAAUUCAGUGGACAGAAACAUCAAGUUCACAAGAGAAGAUGUUAAGGAGAAUAGUUUGCCCUUCUUGGAUUGUGACGUGCACAUUACAGAGGACAGAGGCCUCCACAUUGGGGUAUACAGGAAACCCACUCACACAGACCAAUACUUACUGUUCGAUUCUCACCACCCACUGGAACACAAACUAGGUGUUAUCAGGACCCUACAACACAGAGCUGAUAACGUACCUACCAGCACUCAGGCCCAAGGGAAAGAGCAUGAACAUCUGAGGGAGGCUCUAAAAACUUGUGGUUACCCCAGUUGGACCUUUGUGAAAUCAGCAGCCUGUUCCAGAAAGAACAAGGUGGGUGAGGAAGAAAAGAACAAGCGCAAUAACAUUGUCAUCCCCUAUGUGUCUGGGGUAUCUGAAAAACUCAGGAGGAUUUUCAGCAAACACCACAUCCCUGUGUAUUUCAAACCCAGUAACACACUCAGACAAAGACUGGUACACCCAAAAGACCGUACACCACACACUCAGAAGAGCAACCUAGUGUACGCUGUCCAAUGCAGUGAGGAAUGCCCAGACUUGUACAUUGGUGAAACAAAACAACCACUAAACAAACGCAUGGCCCAACAUAGAAGGGCUAACUCGUCAGGGCAAGACUCAGCUGUCUAUCUACACCUCAAGGAGAAAGUACACUCCUUCGAAGACAGCAAUGUGCACAUUUUGGACAGGGAAGACCGAUGGUUUGAAAGAGGUGUAAAAGAAGCCAUCUAUGUGAAAUUGGAAAAGCCAUCUCUCAAUAGAGGAGGAGGUCUGCGACACCACCUAUCCCCCACCUAUAAUGCUCCAAGAGCUCUGCUUCCACCCUCCUGGUUUCUGUUCGCCCGUUCCUUGUGGCUGUUUGGAGAGACCCUCACUCAGCUCUCCAUGAAUCAACUCUUCAUCGCCAAUGGCAAGACCCACCAUGUCUACAGUCAGCUCCACACAGGUGUGUUGGCUUCCCUCGUGUGUACUCCUGGUUCCAGAGUCCCUGCUCGCCUGACAUUGCCUUCUGCCGGUCGCCUCACGGUACUGUUGCACACGUUUGAACUGUUUGCUGUGUGUGUGCGUCUGGCGGGUGUCAGCCACUCACCUGUUUUCGGCUUCAGCGUUCCACGCCUAGAGCCCUGGACUGCAGCUUUUUCUCAGGAGGCUCCAAACCCAGAGAUUGGCUCUCCCGGUUGUUUCACCUGUCAGCUCACUCUAAUACCUAAUACCUAA